AUGGACAAGGGAACUGCAGGAGGAACCACAUCCCCGUCUCUCGCAGAUCCCUCUAAACCAGACGAAUAUAACCCCGAAGUAUACAGCCAAAGCCGCAGCAAAGGCAAAUUCCGCUUCAAACGCUCUUCACGACACUCCAAAGACAGCCAUACUCCCUCAAGCUCAAGCGCAAGACCACACCGCAAGCGCCACAGAAGCCACCGCUCCAGAUCCCCAUCGAAACACAGCAAACGGCGGCAUCGCUCCCCCACCCCACCAACACAACCACCACUAAACACAAAUGACGCCUUCCGCGAAUCACUCUUUGACGCUCUAGGCGAUGACGAAGGCGCCGCAUACUGGGAAUCUGUCUACGGCCAACCAAUACACAACUACAGUAUACCCAACGUGCCCAAAGGCCCAGAUGGCGAACUGGAGCAAAUGUCCGACGAGGAGUACGUAUCCUACGUACGAACGCGGAUGUGGGAGCGUACACGCGAAGGCAUGAUCGAGGAACAAGAGCGUCUACGCGCCGAGAGGAUGAGACACAAGAAGAAAGAAGAGAAGGGGCGUACUGCGGAGGCAGAGAGGAGAGCCUUUGAACAGGCCAUGGAUGAUUCUCUACGGCGGGGCGCUGAGAGGAAGAAGCUUAAGGCUUGGGAUGGGGCUUGGAGGGAGUACCUUCAGCAGUGGGAUGUUAUUGGAAGGCUUGGGAAGGAAGCUGCAGACGGGGCAGAGGGAGAGAAGGGUUCUUCGAAGCCUUUGCGCAAUCUGCUCUUUUGGCCUGUUCGGUCUGGGAAAAGGGCUGAUGUUGAGCCUGAGGCUGUGGAGGAGUUUAUGCGCCAUGCUCCUGGACUUGAUCUGUUGAGUAUUCUCAAGGCCGAGCGCAUUCGUUGGCAUCCGGAUAAGAUUCAGCAUCGGUAUGGUGCGCUGGGCAUUGAUGAUGUUGCUAUGCGCAGCGUCACCGAGGUCUUUCAAAUCGUGGACCGGAUGUGGAGUGAGGAAAGAGAACGGCAGAGCUAG